AGAUAAAUAAAUCAUCCCAUCUCACCAUCUUCCUCAGACCUCUGGUUCUGGAGGAACCAGUUAGCAGAAGGUUUCAUGGCAGGUCUAGCCGUGCAAAUUAGGACUCUUCUGCUUCUUAUGUUUCUGACAUCAACGUCCUUUACCUUGACGCUCACGAAUGCCAACGUCGAAGGUGAUGCCUUAUAUGCACUGAGGAGAGCAUUGAAGGACCCAGGGAAUGUGCUACAGAGCUGGGAUCCUACGUUAGUGAAUCCCUGCACCUGGUUUCACGUUACUUGCGAUUCUCAAAACAGAGUUACCCGACUAGACUUGGGAAACGCUAAGUUGUCUGGUAAACUUGUCCCUGAGCUGGGGAGACUUGAGCGACUUCAAUACCUGGAGCUGUACAGGAACAACUUGGUGGGUUCCAUACCAAAGGAGCUGGAAGGACUGAAGAGCCUAGUGAGUUUGGACUUCCACCACAAUAACCUCACCGGCUCCAUACCUUCCUCCCUCUUCUCCCUCUCUAAUCUCAGAUUCCUGCGUCUGAACAGGAACAGGCUGACCGGAAGAAUACCAAGACAACUUACCAGGCUACGAAACCUCAAGAUCAUUGAUGUCUCAAACAACGAUCUUUGCGGUACAAUACCAACUUCUGGCUCCUUCUACAAGUUCUCAGAGAAGAGUUUUGAGAACAAUCCAAGACUGAAAGGGCCAGAACUGAUGGGAUCCGUGAGUUACGAGCUAGGCUGCGACUAAGGAUAAAACGGCAAAAGUCUCAAAAGCACACAGAAGAAUAUCUGUAAUUGCUUUUUGAUCUUGUGCGAGUGACUAAAUGUAUUCGGGAGAUCCUGGGUUCAGUUCAAUACUUA